CCAAACAGUCAAAAACGUUUCUUCGAAGUUGCACUAUAAAGCACUUCGCGACAAUGAAGACGAGAAUAAUCAUCCUCCUGGCGCUGCAACUCGUGACAUUGGUGAUAUCCGAUCCAAACCAAAAAGAUGUAAAUAGUUUGGAGCAAUUAGAAGAAAAGCUCACGAGGGCGAUGGACGAGCUCAACAGGAAGGACACUAUUGAUAUUUAUGGUGAUAUGGUUACGCUGAGGAAGAUCCCGGAAGAUGGAAAUUCGUCGCAAGAGAGUGCGGAUCCGCUUGUGAGCAGAAUCGAGAGAUUUUUAAAAACUCGAAGAAUACAAAUUAAUCUCCCAAAUGAUGCUUCAACCGCCGGUUUGUUCGGGCGCGCCCUUGGCCAGAAGAAUAUCGACAUAGAACUCAAAAGUUUGACAAACGGAGCGUCCGAAGCUCGUACAAAAUUGAAGAAGAUGAUUAUUCCACUCUUACUUCUGUUGAAAUUAAAGGCAAUAAUUAUUUUGCCCAUCGUAAUCUCCGCAAUCGGUCUGAUAGGCAUUAAGGGCUUGGGCGCAGGUCUCAUGUCGCUUCUGCUUUCCGGCGCCAUAGGCUUAAAGGCCCUCCUUACACCACCGCCUCCACCAAGAGUCAGCUAUGGCAUUGUGAGACCGCAUGAAAUUCAUCACGAUCACUGGCAUAGAUCGGAACAAGAAGUCAAUCAACCUUACAAAGGCUGGACACCGGAAUUGAACGGCCAAUAUCCGGAACAAUAUCCAUAUCAAGACAUUCCAUAA